AUGGCCGACCCGGCAAAGAAGAGGAACAACCCCGCCACUUCGAGAGGAGGAGAGAGCCACACACGUGGUGCGAAGGCACCGCGUUUAGCCACCCGCGAUGGCCCUACCGAAGGUAGGGGCGGAAAACCUAGAAGUCCGCCAGCGGGUGGCAACAAGACUGCCAGCGGCCCUCUAGCUGCUGGAACUAGUAAGGCAGGCCCAAGUAACCUAUCCCCAAAAACAGGAGCCAGUGAUGCGGCCAACCUGGGGCCUGCCAAACAGACAAGAUACAAUUGUGAGGACUGCGGGAAGGCGUUCUACACCAAGAAUGGACUUACAAGACACAGACCCGCGUGUGGCACCGUAGAGCGGACCAAAUGCCAGUACUGCGGGUCGGAGUUUUCAUCUUUUACUGGCGUGCGACUGCAUGAGCACAGGGCACACGCCGCUGCAGUAAAUGACGAGAAGAGGGAGAGGCUGAAAAGGCCGGAAUCUGAACUGAUGCAGAUAAUGGCGAGAAUAGAAGCUGCCACUAUAAAGGGGCAACCCUUUAUAGACAGGAUGGUUUCAGAUACCGGCCUUACUCGCGACCAAGUGCGGCACAGAAGAAACAAACCCGUUUACAAGGAGUACCUCUGUGCCGCCAAAGAGAUCCAAACAAACAAUCUCCCUUUCCCUCGGCCUGUGCCCUCGGCUGGUGCAGCGCGCGCCAGUGCCCAUGUGGAAACUCCUAACAUCGAGGGUGAAUCAGUCCACACUGAGACAACUGCGGAGCAAUCUCCGCAGGAUAUUACCAACAAAGAGGACAGCGAAGACGACGGAGACGGUAAGACACCUAGAGCACAUAUUGUUGUUACACCAAUUUUGCAGAACGGCGGUACGAAGCGACAACGUAAUGAGUCGAUGUCGCCUCUCAUGCAGCCGACGCCUAGAAGGGCGCGAUGCGAUCACGACCUCACUCCCCCCCAUGCACAGCCCAAGACCCAGGUUACUGUCAACCACCAGCUGCGCAGCUAUCUCGUCACUGAGCGGGAGGCUGCGGCAGCUGACGGCCUGGGUCAUGUUGUGGAGCUGUGCAAUGCGGGUCUCGAGCUAGCCAACGUGCAGCUGGGCCCCUAUAUCGAUGACUGGAUUAAAAAGCACUUUCCAGAACAGCGGGGUGGUAAGAAGGGGGAGAAGAAGGGGAACAAACCCCCUCAGAGAAACUACGCCCAAAUAACAACAGGGCGGGGUCCUAGGGCAGAAGGUUUCAAAAAAGCCCAGGACCUCUUCAACAAAAACCGUAGCUCUCUAGCGGAGAAAAUUAUUUCUGGAACUCCGCUAGACGAGAAGGAAGUUACUCCCCCUAUUGACGAGGUCGAACGGUUGUAUCGCGGCAUCUUGGAGUCGCCUGCGCGAGAGGUGACAGACGUUCAUAACAAACCGCUGACGGAGGACACGAAAACGUUCCUGCCCUUCAGGCAGGACGAGAUUGAAAAUGCCAAAACGUCUUGGGGCAACUCGGCGCCUGGCGCCGACGGAAUUACAGUGUCCUCCGUGAAACGGGCCAACAACAGGGUGCUGUCCGUACUAUUCUCUAUUAUUUUGAUACGGAAUGUGCACCCUGUUUGCUUCCGCCGUUCGCGCACUACUAUUAUUUAUAAAAAUGGUCAACGGUGUGACCCGGCCAACUGGCGCCCACUCACUAUCGGGAGUGCCCUCCAGAGGCUGAUGCACAGGGCGAUGGCUAACCGCAUACGGGAAGUCAUCGCCCUGAGCACCAGCCAACGCGGCUUCACUGCGGUGGAUGGCACUCUCGCCAAUUGUAUGGUCCUUCAGGCCUACAUUAGGAACAGGGUGGGCGCCGGAAAAGGGUACUGCGUCGUCUCACUCGACGUCCGUAAAGCCUUCGACACUGUUGGACAUGGGAGUGUUGUUGGGGCGUUACGGAGAUUCGGAAUAGACGAGGGCUCCAUCAGAUACAUAUUGUCGACCUUGACCACCUCGGAGACCGCCAUCAAAGUGGGUGGCGAGCAGACGGGGAGCAUUCAGAUUAGGCGCGGGGUCAAGCAAGGGGAUCCACUUAGCCCACUGCUAUUCAACAUGGUAAUUGAUGAGCUGCUGAGCCGGCUUAACGACGGGAACAGGGGAGGCACGAUCCUUCCUGGAGUGAAGGUCAGCGCUAUGGCGUUCGCUGACGACAUCAUUUUGCUGGAGGACGAGGAAGUUAAUCUUCCUCUGACGCUCAGCGAAGUGGUGGAGUUCGCGGGAGCCAGGGGCAUGGUUCUGAACCCCGGGAAGUGCUCGGCCAUGGUGGUAGGAUCGGUGAAAGGGUCGCUAGUCCCAAGGAAAGAAUAUGGGCUAAAGAUCGACGGGCGCCGUGUGGCCAUGGUGACGGAAGUUAACAGCUUUCGCUACCUGGGCCACGAUGCGUCUGUCGGUGGGAUAUUGAGGCCCUCACUCACCAACCUACCAUCGUGGCUGUCUAACCUGAAAAGGUCCCCGUUAAAGCCCGAUCAGAAGCUCAUAAUAAUCAAAAAUUAUAUAAUCCCCAAGCUCUUCUACGGCCUCCAAACGCCGAGGGUAACUGGUGCAAGCCUUCGGUCAGUGGAUCGCCUCAUAAAGGGAAGCGUUAAGGCGGUUUUGCACCUUUCUGUGCAUACGCCCGACGCCGCCCUUUAUGCGGCGAUCCGCGAUGGGGGUCUGGGGAUCCAGCAACUAAGGCUGAAUGUUCCGCGGGUGUUUCUCAACAGACUCGUAAAACUGCUCGAUCUCAACGAAGAUCGGGCGCUGAUGGCGGCGCUGCAGAGUGACUGCACGCGCGAGCUCAUGCACAGGUUGGAGGGCCUAGCGGGCGAGGUCCCUGCUGUCCAGCUAUGGCGAGAGCGGCUGGCGACAUCCCCGAUAUUAUCGGGGAUGGAAAACUCCUCAGACGAUACAGCCAGCCGCUCUUGGCUUCAGGAGAAGCCUAAGGGCUGGACAGGUAGGGACUUCGUUCGCGCGGUCCAACUACGUACUAACAAUCUGCCAACCGCUGGCACAAUGUACGCCUCUGCGGCGAGCAAGAUGUGCCGUGCAGGAUGUUCGCGGGUGGAAUCUCUCUGCCACGUCCUCCAACAGUGCCCCAGCACCCACUGGGAACGCAUUAGGCGACAUAACGAGGUGGCAAAGAAGGUCGCGAGGCACUGCCGAACCAAGGGAUGGACCACUCUGGAGGAGCCCUACGUUCGCCACAGGGACGGGACUCUUUUCAAGCCAGACAUGGCUAUCAUGAAGGGAGACCGCGUCGUUGUGGCGGACGUGGGGGUCAACUGGGAGGGUAACAUCCCUCUACAUCAAAUAUAUAACAAUAAAAAGGCGGUGUAUGACAACGCCAAGUUCCUCGAGGCUGCUCGAGAGUUAUGGCCGAACAAACCAAUUGAAGUUCACGCCAUAAUUCUUGGGGCUCGGGGAAUUUGGCCUCGAUGUAAUGAGGAGGCUUCGUCUGUUCUUUCUCUCGGUGCGCCCCUUCGUCGCUCCUGUGUACAAUCGGUGCUGAAGUGGGGCGGCAGCAUACAUGCCGCCUUCGGGCGCCGGGUGUGGCGGCGCCGUACUCCGGCCGCAGUGCGCUAG